GGCUCGUUCAAAACACACACACACAGGGAGAGCGAGCUCUGCCUUCUGUGGUUUUAUUUAUUCAUGUUUCGGUUUUGCCUUUGAACGCGUUGAAGUGUCGUUUUCUUUUCUGAAGCGACGCGUUUUCACUCGGAGCCGCUGCUCUCACUCGACUUUACACCCCCCUCAAAAUAACAGAGCAGGUGUGAUGGCGAAGAGGAUCGCGGAUAAAGAGUUGACGGACAGGAACUGGGAUCAGGAGGACGAGGGAGAGGAGGCGGGGACAUUUUCUAUUGCGAGUGACGAUGUGAUGAAGAAUCGAGCGAUUAAGAAAGCCAAACGCAGAAACAUUGGGUCUGAGGGUGAAGGUGCAGGAGCUUUCAAAGGUUUUAAAGGGUUUUCGCUGACGUCGGUGGCAGCGAGCGGCAGCUCAGCGCCAACCAUGUUUUCUGGUUUCGGUAACGGUGGAGGCUUUAAAGGCAUCAGCAGUCUGACCAACGGAAACAGCUCCGCGCCCUCGUUCGGAGGUUUCUCGUCUCCUGUGGCGUCCACUGCUGCUCCAGGUCUCACAUUCAACGGCCCCGCCUCCGGCAAACCUGCUGCCGCUGUCACAGCCAAGCAGACCAACGGCUCCACCCCUGGCUCCACCCAGAGCAGCGGCGGCGUCAGCAGCAACAAGGAGUACAGUAGACAGCUCACGGCUCUCAACUGCUCAGUGCGGGACUGGAUCACCAAACACGUCAACGACAACCCGCUGUGUGACCUCAACCCCAUUUUCAGGGAUUACGAGCGACACCUGGCGAGCAUCGAGCAGCAGUACGGCACUGCAGCAGCAGCAUCAGCAGACAGAGGCUCUGAGGAGAAGAAGGAUGGAACACUGGCGGCCGCAGCUUCAGCAUCUCCUCCUGCUUCAUCUUCCAGCAGCGGCAGCAGCUCCUCCGCCCCUGCCGGCAGUUUAUUCUCCUUCGGUAAGAAAACGACAGACACCUCAAGCUCCGCCACCACCGCUCCCAUCCCCGCCGGCAUCACAUUUAACUUCGGGCAGAAGGUGGACAGCUCCGUCCUUGGGUCUUUGGGCUCCAAACCCAGCUUCUCCUUCUCCUCGUCCUCCUCCAGUCAGAGUUCACUGUUCGGAGCGUCGGGAUCUGCCGCUCCUCUGUCCUUCAGCGGGGCAAAGUCUGACAGCGCGCCACCUGCUGGCGAGAACGGAGACGAAGAAUCGGACGAGCCGCCCAAACCCGAGGUCAAGGAGGUCAAGGAGGAUGACGCUUUCUACUCAAAGAAGUGCAAACUGUUCUAUAAGAAAGACACGGAGUUCAAAGACAAAGGAGUGGGGACACUGCACCUGAAGAACCUGGACGAGGGGAAGACGCAGAUGGUCAUCCGAGCCGACACCAACCUGGGAAACAUCCUGCUGAACAUCGUGCUGCAGUCGUCGAUGCCGUGCUCGCGCAUGGGCAAGAACAACGUGAUGGUCGUGUGCGUCCCCAACCCGGCCAUCGACGACAAGAACCCCGGCAGCCCAGUGCCGUUCCUCAUCAAGGUGAAGACGGGCGAGGAUGCCGACGAGCUGCACAAGACGCUGGAGGAGAAGAAAGUGUGAGGUCUUUUUUAAACAAGGUCUCUGAACUCCACACACACACACACCCAGUGUAUGAAACGGUUCAUCGCCACAGCAACAUCAUCUGUCGUCAUACUGUGAAAUAUCUGUUCGUUUUAAUCGUAAACGGCGCCGUCAUCGCCACAUUCCUCAGUCGCCGCCUCGGAAUCGGCUUUUACGCUUUUUUUUUCUCUCCUUUUUU